UUGAAUAGCAACAACUUUACCAAAGUUAUCCUUUGGAAAUGACAUGUUAAUUAUUUCUAAUGUUCAAAUUACGAGAAUCCGAUUCGUUUUUUAAUUUUACCUGUUCGUUGAAUUAUAAUUAUGUCAUUCAACGAUUUACCUAAUGAAUGUCUUUGCAUGAUCUUAGAUAAAAUCUUCGAACUAGAAGAGUUGAUCAAACUUUCGAAAGUUUGUUCGAAAUGGUCCAGUUUAAUAUCCUUGAGGUACAGAAAGAUUAAAUAUUUGCUCAUUAAGUCCAAUGAUGAUCGUUUCGAUCUUACCAAGAUAUUGAUGAACGAUCCAAAAACAAUUAAAGAUCAUAAUUUACGAGAAUUGUUACCAAACCUCAGGAUUCUCAGUAUUCCUGCUGUUUUAUUUGGUGAUGAGUUAGAAUUUGAAGAUGUAAAAAAAUUGGUUGAUGAUAAUCCGAAGAUUAAAGGAUUGAUUAGACUCUAUAGUCUUAAUUCUGAUUUGUUCCAUUUGCUCAACUUGGAAAAUAUCGAAAUGAUUUCGGUGAAAUCCCUCGAAUUUGAUUACAAAAAAGUCUUCCGACCUGAUCAGUUGAAACAAAUUCGCUUGUACGAAACUUUCAUCACUGAACUUCCUCAAUACGUUGAAUACUUUCCAAGUUUAAAGCGACUCAACAUUUCGCUGCUACUCAAAGGAGGAGAAAGAAUUUACAAAGGUCCAAAUUUGUCUAAUCUGAAGAUUCUUGAAUUAUAUCUAUCAGAAUACGAAGGAAAUUUUCAUCUAUUUCAUUUUAUGGACUUUUGUCCAUCUUUAGAAAGCACUUUCAUUCGUAGUCCAUCGAAAGGUGAAUAUAUUGAUAUAUCCCUGAAGAAUUACAAUUUGAGAGAUUUGGUUAUUGAAAUGUCAUGGGGAGAAAGGCUGAACUGGUCGUUCUUUUGCGAUCUUUUGUCCAAAUUUCCAAAUUUACAUCAUCUUGCGAUUAGAGGAAGUGGCGAAAUAAACGAUGAUCGUAUUGAAGAGUUGGUGACGAUUCUACCAGAAAUAAAACUGUUGGACUUCAGAGGAUCUAAAAAUGUUACUGAAAAAUCAGCUGAUAUUUUGUUUGAAUAUUGUCUCAGAUCUCAUCGAUCAAUCGAAAUCUAUUACAAUCGUAAAGAGGAACCAUUCGAUUGGCCUAAAUUAAACACUCCUCAAGAUUCAAUUGUCUAUGGAUUAGAUUUCAUGAAGCAUUGUUUUUAUAAAUAUUUUUGUGAUCUUCCGGAUCUAAUUGAUGAAUAAACUCUCAAGCUACUAUUAGUUAAUCAUUUCACACUGAUAAUGAGUAGAAUGCUAAUAUCAUUUAA